GUCCAGAAGGAGGGAGUGGCAGACACACAGCGAGAAGGGGAAGUACAUUACGCGCGCGCACUUACCAGUUACACACGCUAUCUCUCUCUCACACACACACGCGCGCGCACACACUCAGCAGGCUAAUGUGAUUAGACAGACCCAGACACGGCGCGAGCGGCUCUGAGGCGACUGACCGUAAAGCGCGAGCUGCGCACGCCGACCGGAUUCAUUCAGCGCGCGCCUGAAUGUUUACUUGUUUUUGUUUGUUUGUUUGUUUGGACGCUCGACCGACUCCGUGCGCAGCGUGGAGUUUCACACAGGGCAAAGAAAUGACUGAAAGCAUUAUGAGUUCUGCCCAACACCCCCCUCCUUCCUUCAUCGCAUGGAAAGCUGAUUUUCCAGAAUGAACUGACCACCAUAAGGUUUUUAUAGUUAUUUUUUUCUGGUCAAAGUGUCUGAUUCAAACCUGGAUGAGCUGAUGUGAGAAAACGGUAUUGGGCUCUCAGCUAUGGGGUGUGUCAACAUGACCAACGCAACAGAGGGCGGCGGGGCAUCACCCUCAAUGCAGGCGACACUGGUUGUGCUUGUGGUCCUCCUCAUCCUCCUGACUGUGUCUGGCAACGUGCUGGUGGUGAUUGCUGUGUUCACCAGCAGGGCCCUGAAGGCUCCCCAGAACCUGUUCCUGGUGUCCUUGGCAUCAGCUGACAUCCUGGUGGCCACUCUGGUCAUACCAUUCUCCCUAGCCAAUGAGUUGAUGGGCUACUGGUACUUUGGGCCGGUGUGGUGCGAGAUCUACCUGGCGCUGGACGUGCUCUUCUGUACUGCCUCCAUUGCCCACUUGUGCGCCAUCAGCCUGGACCGCUACUGGUCAAUCACACGGGCUGUAGAGUACAACCUGAAGCGCACACCACGACGCAUCAAGUGCGUCAUCCUGGUCGUGUGGGUCAUUGCCGCCGUCAUCUCCUUCCCGCCCCUCAUCACCAUGGAGAAGGAGGGUGAGCACCAGGAGCGCCCCCUCUGUAAGAUCAACGAGGACAAGUGGUACAUCAUCUCAUCCAGCAUCGGCUCCUUCUUCCUGCCCUGCAUCAUCAUGGUACUUGUUUACAUCCGCAUCUACCAGAUUGCCAAGAGCAGGACCAGGGCACCACCUGGUGACCGUAGGAGGAAAGAUGAUGACAAGAAAGAGAACGGCCACUGCCAUGAAAGGCUCAACGGUGACGCUGCUGAAGGCAACGGCAAGGAUGACAGAGGUGACAUGAACGCAGUCGACGUGGAGGAGUCGUCCUCGUCCGACCACAAAGUGACCAACCCCUGCUCCAGCAAGAAGAAGCGGGCCAAGGGGAAGACCAAGCUGAGCCAGAUCAAGCCUGGAGACGAUGUAAACAAGAGGGACAAUGCGAGCCGGGGUGCCAAGAGCAGCCGCUGGAAGGGCCGGCAGAACCGUGAGAAGCGCUUCACCUUCGUGCUUGCUGUAGUCAUUGGUGUUUUCAUGGUCUGCUGGUUUCCUUUCUUCUUCACAUAUACGCUGAUCGCACUCUGUUCCUCCUGCUGUGUGCCCACAACACUCUUCAAGUUCUUCUUCUGGUUUGGUUACUGCAACAGCUCGCUGAACCCCAUCAUUUACACUAUCUUCAACAAUGACUUUCGGAGGGCCUUUAAGAAGAUCCUCUGCCAAGGGGACAGUAGGAGGGUUGCUUGAUUUGGAUUCUGCUGGGCCAGGUUUGCCCCUUUUACAGUGAUGAUGGAUCAGUUCCUAUUUUCGAAACGCCAGUUUAACUCCAAACAAAAAACUGAUACUGAAUCAGUCAAAAGUAAGGCAAAUUGAACCUGGUGAUGGAGCUUAAUCGAACCUGGUGAUGAUGUGAGCAAGCGGGACAACAUGAUCCAGGAUGCGAAGGGCAGCAGCUGGAAGGGCAAUCAUCCUGGCUUGGUUUCUCCGGACAUCUUUGUUGUCAUCGUGGCCUGCUGGUUACCCUUCUUUUUCACAUACAACCUGAUGGCACUCUGCAGCUCCCCCUGCUCUUCAGGUUCUUCCUGCUACCAUCACAGCUCGCACAAUUCCAUUAUUUACAUCAUCUUCAACAUCUUUGCGAGGACUUUCCAGAAGAUUCUCAGGCAAAAUGGGUGGCAGGAGGGUCAUGUGAUUACACUGCUGUGCAAAGGGUUCCUUAGAGGUUGCUCUCUUAUCAGCAACCUACAGGAUCCACCUCCAAUCCAAAUUUCACAUGCCUGUUACAGCUAGUCAAGGACCUCUUUAUUAUAAUACUUAUCAGAUAUUAGAUUGGAGAGGGUUGCAGGAAGGUCUUCAGGAACACGGAUCAGUGGCCACUGCUUUACAGUCCCCAACCUGAUCUGCUUUAAGCCAAACUGAUAAACUGCUCUCGGAUCAGUGUCAAAGCAACAGACUCCCACUGAACUGCAGGGUUUUUACAGCCUGUUUAGAACACAUUGGACUGAUAAGUGGAGUGAGGUUUACUGAUACUGUGUUAAUGUGAUAUAUUGCCGGGUCAGCUGGCUGAAGGGAUGUGUGUACAGUAAACAGUAAUACAUGCCGUGAUGUUGAAACAUCGGCCUUGAAUUUGGCACCGGCUUUUAUAAUGUUCAUUAUCCAAGGAAGUAGCAGAGUGAUAAGAAGCAAAUGCCCUGCAGCGCUCCAGUCUGCAAAUAUCACAAAUCAUACAGUGGGAACGUACAAGCAAGACAUUGUCGUAAGAGAGUGUUAUAUGUUUCGUAUAUGUUGACGCAGCCUUUGUACCUUUCACUGCAUCGUCUUUAAAUAUAGGUGGUCAUUUAUCA